CCAAACCAUGGCCUCGGGUCAAACCCCUAAACCCACCCCCAAUCCUAACCCUCACCCACCUAACCCUAAUACCGCGUGCCAGCGGCAGCUGAGGCCGGCGAUUCCAAACCCAAAUCACCAACCCUUUGCCAACGUCUCCCCAAUCGAUUCGUCCCCGGCAGGGGAGGAAUUGGUUCCCCCUAGGGUUAGGUUUUUCGUUGGAGCAGGAUCGAGAACGAGGGUUUUUUUGUUCUUGUUGCUUAUAUCUAGAUUUGGGGAGAUAAAGGAGGGGUUUUUAAGUUGGGGCGAUGGAGGGGGCUUCGGGUGGGAACGACGUGGAGCUGGUGUCCAAGACGCUGCAGUUCGAACACAAGCUGUUCUACUUCGAUCUGAAGGAGAACCCCCGUGGAAGGUACCUUAAGAUCUCGGAGAAGACGUCGGCGACGAGGUCCACCAUUAUCGUUCCUGUUAACGGCAUCGCCUGGUUCAUCGACCUCUUCAAUUACUAUGUCAACACUGACGAGCAGGAUGCCUUCAGCAAGGAGCUCAAGCUCGACACCAAGGUGUUUUACUUUGAUAUUGGGGAGAAUAAAAGGGGCCGCUUCUUGAAGAUUUCAGAAGCAUCUGUCAACAGAAAUCGUAGUACAAUCAUUGUUCCGGCAGGAAGCUCGGGUGAAGAAGGAUGGACAGCAUUUAGAAACAUUUUGCUAGAGAUUAAUGAAGAAGCUUCCCGUCUUUUCAUUGUACCAAAUCAGCAGCAACACAUGGAACCAUCAGAGCGACUUCCAGGACUUUCGGAUGACGUUGGGGCUGGAUUUAUACCAGGCCACAGUACGCAAUCAGCCACUGGGUCAGAGUUGAAUGUUGACCGAUUGGUUGAAUUGCCUCCUCAGGAGGAUAUUGGAGGCAUGGGGAUGUCUAAAGUAAUUAGGGCAGAUCAAAAGAGGUUCUUUUUUGAUCUAGGGAGCAAUAAUAGGGGUCAUUUCUUGAGGAUAUCUGAGGUUGCUGGUGCAGAUCGCUCAUCAAUCAUCCUUCCCUUGUCUGGUCUGAAGCAGUUUCAUGAAAUGAUCGGUCAUUUCGUUGAGAUAACCAAGGACAGACUUGAAGGAAUGACUGGUCCAAAUGUGCGGACAGUGGAACCAGCACAGAGAUGAUCUUUUCAGGAGGACCGUUGAUCCUUUCACUUCAGUUCUACUAUGGGUCUGUUUGAUUUGGAUUGAGCGUCGUGUAGAUCAUGCUCUAUAUUGUUAAUUCAUGUCUGGUGGACAAUAAUUGUUUUACUUAGUCCAUGGUGGAGAUACGGUCAUUAGCCAAUCUUUUUUUUUUUUGAUGAGGAAUAAUGAAGAGCAAAACUAAUAUCUUGUAGCUUGUGCAUCUGGUGGUAUAAAAAGGUGGCGACUAUGGUGUUGAUGUCUCUGAAUAAUCAAGUUUUGCCAUUAUGUUAAACACAUUGUGUUGUGUUUUUAUAAAUGCUGGCAAUGAGAUGUGAUUUGCGAGUUA